GCCAUGUUGGUGUGGAAUUCUUUUUGCCUGCUACUGCAGUCGCAGUGACCAGAACGCGGUCGGUGGCUGGCUGAAGUCGUGAUGCGAGAGGCAGGGGCUUCAAACAUCCGCUCAUAACAUCGCCGUUGACCCAGCGGCACUUCUGUUCGUAUCGGUGUCUGGCGACUGUGAAAAGGAUUUAUUCGCAGAAUCGCCGGAUUAUUAUGGACCAUACACGUUGUCUUCUGAGGAGCGAGAUACAAUUUUGAAAAGUUGUGUCAACUUAGCUCAGGCAGUUAAGACUUUUAGCUGUCUCGCAGGAUGUGUUGUCCUAUCUAGCCUGUCUGCUAGCUGUAGGCUUAGUGUCAGUAGCGAAGAACUUUGUUGUUAGCUGACCGCGGUUUGCUACGCUGUGUUAAUGUGGUUGGCGGUACUUUUAAACGUAAUGCUUUACACAUCUAUUUUACUAAACGUCGUUCCACUAUAAGUUUAACAAAAAGGUUCAUAAACUUAAGGUAAUUUCUAGGUGUUCCAGUUAUCUAGGUAAGCAGUUUGCGAGCAAUCUUCACUAGCUAGCUAACCUAACCUAGCAUAUGUUACACUGCUGCAGAGAUCGCUAUCCAGCUACCUAGGUUACUUUCCAGCACUUCAGGUCAGGUCCAGUGGAUAACCAAGUUUCAUUCUUAACAAGACAACCAGUUGAUGAUUAACAUUUGUGACUGUAAAUGAACAUGGAUUGUAAAUUAGCUUAGCCAGCUAGCUAAAAUAGCCCUAGACAGAUCGGUGUAGGUAUCAGUUGUAGCUAGGCUAUUUAUUGAGUUUCUGGAAAAGACUUCAGGUCCUUUAAACACAGAAUAUAGUACAAUUGGUCUCAAUGGCAUAUAGCUAGCUAAUUUAACUUCAUUCGACCCCGCGUAUGUAUAAAAAUGUCAUCUUUGAAAACAUGCAGCGGAAAAUUAGCUGCGCCAAAGCAACGUUAACACACAAAAGAGCUAGCUUGCUAGCUAACGCAGUCCGAGCACACCAUGGUUUGCUGCUGCGCGUGAAUGGGACCAUGAAAUUUCUCAUGUAGUUAUUUGGGUAACCCCACCAUCGACGUGGCUUGCUGACCACAUUUCAUGUUAUUGUUUUCAUUACCAAGAAUAUUCUAUCACAUUUUGAUUAAAUCAGGGACCACGCACGUUUGAACCAUGUCAGGGGAAGUUCGUUUGAAAAAGCUAGAAAAAAUGAUCCUCGAUGGCCCUGUCCAGUCAAAUGGACAGUGUUUCAGCGUCGAAACUCUUUUGGAUGUUGUGAUUUGCCUUUAUGAUGAGUGCAACAACUCUCCACUACGAAGAGAGAAGAAUAUAGCCGAGUUCUUGGAGUGGGCUAAGCCAUUCACAUCUAAAGUGAAGCAGAUGAGGCUGCACAAGGAGGACUUUGAAAUCCUGAAAGUUAUUGGACGAGGAGCAUUUGGGGAGGUAGCGGUUGUGAAGGUGAAAAAUUCAGACAAGGUGUUCGCCAUGAAGAUUCUCAACAAGUGGGAGAUGCUAAAAAGGGCUGAGACUGCAUGUUUCCGGGAGGAGCGGGACGUUCUUGUGUACGGGGACUGCCAGUGGAUCACCACGCUACACUAUGCCUUUCAGGAUGACAACUUUCUGUAUCUGGUGAUGGAUUACUACGUGGGUGGUGACCUUCUGACCCUGCUGAGUAAGUUUGAGGACCGCUUGCCUGAGGACAUGGCCCGAUUCUACCUGGCCGAGAUGGUGCUGGCUAUCGACUCUGUGCAUCAGCUCCACUAUGUACACAGGGAUAUUAAGCCAGACAACAUUCUGUUAGAUGCAAAUGGGCACAUCCGACUGGCUGAUUUUGGCUCCUGCCUUAAACUCAUGGAGGAUGGCACGGUGCAGUCAUCUGUGGCGGUGGGCACUCCAGACUAUAUCUCCCCCGAGAUCCUCCAGGCCAUGGAGGACGGCAAGGGCAAAUAUGGCCCUGAGUGUGACUGGUGGUCCCUAGGUGUGUGUAUGUAUGAAAUGCUGUAUGGAGAAACCCCCUUUUAUGCUGAGUCCUUGGUGGAGACCUAUGGCAAGAUCAUGAACCACAAGGAGCGUUUCCAGUUCCCUGCCCACGUGACGGAGGUGUCCGAGAGUGCCAAGGACCUGAUCCGCCGGCUCAUCUGUAGCAGGGAGCACCGGCUAGGCCAGAAUGGCAUUGACGACUUCAAGCAGCACUCUUUCUUCUCUGGCAUCGACUGGGACAACAUCCGCACCUGUGAUGCACCCUACAUCCCUGAGGUCAGCAGCCCCUCCGACACCUCCAACUUCGACGUAGAGGAUGACUGUCUAAAGAAUGCGGAGACAAUGCCUCCUCCUUCUAUAGCAGCAUUCUCUGGACAUCAUCUCCCUUUUGUGGGCUUCACCUACACCAGCCAGUGUACGCUAUCGGACCGAGGGUGUCUGCGGGAGUCGGGGCCGCCUGUGCAGCUGGAUGUGUGCAUGCAGCGCAGCCUGGAGGAGAGCCUGGCCAUGGAGGCAUACGAAAGGCGGAUCCGACGUCUGGAGCAGGAGAGGCUGGAACUGAGCCGCAAGCUACAGGAGUCCACUAAGACUGUGCAGGCUCUGCAGCACUCCAGCACAGACGCUCCUGCCUCUGCUCACAGAGAGUUGGAGAUCCGUGGGCUCAAGGAGGAGAUUGAGGCUCUAAGGAAACAGAUUGCAGACUCUGCACAGUUGGAGCAGCAGUUGGAACAGGCCAGUACUACCCGCAGGGAUCUAGAGGAGUCUGCCAAACGCAUCCGCUCUCUGGAGAAACAGCUCAAAAACACGAAGCAGGAGAGAGAGGAUAUGCAGAAGGAGCUGUUGGAGUCCUCUGAGAAGCUGAAGGCCCAGGGGAGAGAGCUGAAGGAAGCAGAUAGCCAGAGGAAGCUGGCCAUGCAGGAGUUCUCUGAGGUGAGCGAGAAGGUGACAGAGCUGCGUUCUCACAAGCAGCGCCUCACCCGCCAGCUCCGUGACAAAGAGGAAGAGCUGGAAGCAAUCGGCCAGAAACUGGAGGCGCAGCGGAUGGAGGUGCGCAAGGCAGAGAAGAUCAGAAAAGAGAUGGAGGCCCUAGCUGAGGAGCAUGCUGCUGAAGCUCAGAAGGAGAGGAAGCACAGGGAGCGGAGUGAGCAGUACAGCCGGCAGCUGGAAGAGGAGCUGGAGGGAGUGAAGAGGAAGCAGGCGGGCCGCACGUCCGCCCCUGCCCCAGCUGCUGCAGGGUCUCCUGAGCUGCAGGAAGAGCUGUCCAGGCUCCGCACGGACCUGGAGAAGAAGACACAGCUGUACGAGGAGGAGCUGUCACGGCGCGAGAGCCAGCAUGCCAGUGAGCUGAAGACCAUGAGGAAGGAGCUCCAUGACACGGAGGUCCAGCAGCUCUCACUGAAGAAGGAGAUCAUGAUGCUCAGAGACAAGCUGGAGAAGACCCGCAGGGAAAGUCAGAGUGAACGAGAGGAGUUUGAGACCGACUACAAGCAGAAGUAUGAGAGGGAGCGAGUCCUGCUAACUGAGCAGAACAAGAAACUGUCCAGUGAAUUGGACAAUUUAACAACAUCGUACGAGAAGCUUAGAAACAGCCACAAGCAGCAGGAGGAGGAAAUGCAGGAGUUGUCUGAUAAGAGAGAGAGUGUCUCCCAGUGGGAAGCCCAGAUCACAGAGAUCAUCCAGUGGGUGAGUGAUGAAAAAGAUGCACGGGGCUACCUGCAGGCUCUGGCCACUAAGAUGACUGAGGAGCUUGAGAGCUUGAGGAGUACCAGUCUUGGAGCCCGCUCUACGGACAUGCCAUGGAAAAUGCGGCGUCUGGCCAAGCUGGACAUGUCUGCCCGCCUGGAGCUGCAGUCCGCGCUGGAUGCCGAGAUCCGCGCCAAGCAGACCAUCCAGGAUGAGCUCAACAAGAUCAAGGCUGCCAACAUGGCCACUGAGUGCAAACUCCAGGAAUCUGAGAAGAAGAACGAGGAUCUUCAGGCAGAGAUUGAGAGGCUGAGACGUGAAACGAAUGAUCUACGGCUUUCUAAGGGUGUAAAGCACCAAGAUUCGCAGAACUCCUUCCUGGCUUUCCUCAGUGCCCCUAACUCUGGGCUGGAUCAGUUUGAUCGAUCUCCUGCCUGCGCCCCAGUCAGCAGAGGCAGACGUAUCGAGUCUGCUGAUAACUUCAGCCUGUCCAAUACUCCAUCCCGUGAUGAUGAGCGCAAAUCCCAGCUUAUGUCCCGGUCUCACUCCCCUUCCACCACUAGCGACAUGGAAACCCUGGAGUUCGUGGAUCAUCCCCAUAAAGGCACACAGACUCCCAGCAUGCCCUGCAGUGCAGGCCACCUCACACCUAAGCCCAAAGCUCACCAGUUUGUGGUGAAGUCUUUUAGCACUCCCACUAAGUGCAACCAGUGCACCUCUCUGAUGGUGGGACUCAUCCGGCAGGGCUGCAUCUGCGAAGUCUGUAACUUCUCAUGUCAUGUGAUGUGUGCGGACAAAGCCCCUGCAGUGUGCCCUGUCCCUCCCGACCAGACAAAAGGGCCCCUGGGUGUCGACCCCCAGAAGGGCAUCGGCACAGCUUAUGAAGGACAUGUCAGGGUGCCAAAGCCAGCUGGGGUGAAGAAGGGCUGGCAGAAGGCCCUUGCUGUUGUGUGUGACUUUAAGCUCUUCCUGUAUGACCUAGCAGAGGGCAAAGCCGCUCAGCCCAGCGUGGUGGUCAACCAGGUCAUUGACAUGAGGGAUGAGGAUUUUUCGGUCAGCUCAGUACUUGCGUCUGAUGUUAUCCAUGCCAACAGGAAGGACAUUCCCUGUAUUUUUAGGGUCACAGCAUCCCAGCUGUGUGUCGUGGGCAGUAAAAAAUGCUCCAUCCUGAUCCUGGCUGACACGGAUCAGGAGAAGAAUAAGUGGGUGGGGCUUCUGAAUGAGCUGCACCGCCUACUGAAGAAGAACAAACUGAAGGAGCGCUUCGUCUACGUGCCUAAAGAAGCUUAUGACAGCACCCUGCCUCUCAUCAAAACCACACAGUCUGCAGUUAUUAUAGAUCAUGAGAGGAUAGCCCUGGGUAACGAGGAGGGGCUCUAUGUUAUUCACAUCACCAAAGACGAGAUAAUUAAGGUGGGUGAUAACAAGAAGGUCCACCACAUUGACCUGAUCCCCUCCGAGCAGCUGCUGGCCGUCAUCUCUGGCCGAAACCGCCACGUGCGCCUCUACCCUAUGGCGGCCCUGGACGACCGUGACACAGACUUCUACAAGUUGCCAGAGACCAAAGGCUGCCAGGCUGUGGUUUCAGGCCUCACCAGGCAAGGCGGCCUCACCUGCUUGUGCGUAGCCAUGAAGAGGCAGAUCAUCUGCUACGAGCUGAACAAGAGCCGAGCGCGGCACCGCCGGCUGCGCGAGCUGCAGGUGCCUGGCAUGGUGCAGUGGAUGGGCUUGCAGGGCGAGCGCCUGUGCGUGGGCUUCCAGGCUGGCUUCCUGCGCUACAGUCUGCAGGUGGACGGGCCUCCCGUCAGCCUGCUCCACCCAGAGGACCACACCCUGGCCUUCAUCGGGCAGCUGGGCAUGGAUGCGCUCUGUGCCGUGGAGAUCUCCAGCAAGGAGCUACUACUGUGCUUCAGCAGCGCGGGCGUGUAUGUGGACUGCCAGGGCCGGCGCUCACGGCAGCAGGAGCUGAUGUGGCCCGCCGUGCCCUCUGCCUGCUGUUACAACGCACCUUACUUGUCAGUGUACAGUGAGAACGCUGUGGACGUGUUUGAUGUGAACUCUAUGGAGUGGAUCCAGACCAUCCCUUUGAAAAAGGUCCACCCUUUGAACACAGACGGCUCUUUGAACCUGCUGGGGCUGGAGACUGUGAGGCUCAUCUACUUUAAAAAUAAAACUGCUGAGGGAGAUGAGCUGGUGGUCCCGGAGACGUCCGAACACAGCAGGAAGCAGAUGGUGCGCAGCAUGACGAGCAAACGGCGCUUCUCUUUCAGAGUGCCGGAGGAGGAAAGACUGCAGCAGCGCAGGGAGAUGCUUAGAGAUCCUGAGAUGAGGAACAAGUUGAUCUCAAAUCCAACGAACUUCAACCACGUCGUUCAUAUGGGCCCAGGAGACGGGAUUCAGAUCCUUAAAGACCUACCGAUGAACGUGCGUCCUCAGGAUAGCCGUGGAAUGCUUGGUGGCUCUGUCAGCAUCCCCUCCCUCAGCAAGCCCCGCCCUGAUCCCCGCCCCGAACCCGGCCGCUCCAUGAGCACCAGCAGUGGCCUCGGCAUGCGAUCUUCCUCUCAGAAUGGCACUGCUCUGAGGCGGGAGUUCUCCAGCGGGAGUUACAGCUCCGCCCAGCGGCAGACCAUGACCUCACCCUCUGGGGGCUCGCUGUCAUCAGGAGGGGGCAUGGACUGUACAGGCGAUGCUCCUCUCUCCCAGUUUGACAGAGAGGCAGUUUCACCCACAGGCAGGACCUUUGAUGUGAAAAGAGCAUUAAGGACCCUUCUUAGUAAGAUAAAGGACUCCGAUUCACCACGACACUCCACGGCCUCCAACAGCUCCAACUUGAGCAGCCCCCCAAGCCCGUCAUCCCCACACAAGAGCAAGACUCAGUCGCUGGAGCGUAGCGUGCACCCAGGCUGGGAGACCUGAUCCAGGCUUCACCCUGAAACCCGGCCGGCCUGCCCCGAGCUCCCAGAACCAGAGGACCCCUCUCUCCCUUUAAGUAAAAGAAAAAAGACAGAUGAUUGAGUGGAUUCCUGAGAAUAAUUUUCUACACUACAUUUAGGGUGGAGUCGGUGUAUGCCUGUGAAUAUGUACAAAUGCAAUAAUUGGGUUAUUGUGUUUAUACAAUGCACACAUUUAAUCUACACUCCAGCCUUUAUAAGCCUCGCUUUGGCAUCACUUUUUUUUUUAAAUAACAUUUUGUAAAAGGUGGGUGACACACACCUGAACUCUCCAGGUGAAUCGCCUAUACUGACCGGAGAAAGGAAAAAACCCUUGCCCUCUACAGUCUUGUGCUAAAGAGAAAAGAAACGUGUGCUUUCCCAAUCUUGGAUUUUGCAGGUUCAAUGUUUUUAUCUGCCAGUGGCAAUAUUAUUUUAAGCUUUUAAUGUAUUAAUAACAGAAGUACCUACACUUAUACCUCUGAUCAAAAGAGACACUAUUUCUUGGUCUUCUUUUAGAAACAUGGUGAAUUUGAAUGAGGGAUUAGAAAUUGUAUACACUUAGAACCACUUCUGUAUUGGAGACAAGACCGCUGAUGAGUGUUCUAAGCCUCAGCCCUACAGUCUAACCUCUGAUCUCUGGUGCCAUGCUGAUCCUUCUCAUGUAAAGCUCAGAAUUCAGUGGAACUAGAUUUAGUUUAAUAAUGUAAAUAGAGUUUAAGUAGAGUAUAAUAUAUUAUGAAAAAUAACACUAUUUAAAAAGUGACAUGGCUAUUUUCUUUUGAUUUAGUGUGUCAUAAGCUUUGAACAUCGAUGCAACCACUUUUAAUUUAAUAAUUUCAGCGUUGUUUUAUGAAAACGUCAAGUAGCUGGCUGGAUGAACUAAUUCAAUAGGGAAACACUUAAAUACUGUGUUCAAAUAUAGUAAUCAUAAACACUAGGCAUAUGCAUGCACAUGUAUGUGGGUGGGUGGGUGUGUGAGAACACAUACAACAGCAUAUAGUAUAAGCAUAGAAACACAGUAAUCCCACAGUCCCAUAAGCCUUGCAGUGAAUGUAUUGAAGACUUUCACAGCCUUUUCCAUAUCCUCUCUUUGCCUGUGUGUGUUUCACAGUUCCUUUACUGGAGCAAUAAUGCUGUUUCCAAAGACGUUUUUUGUUGUUAUUGUUAAAUCGUUAUUACUGUUUGUCUGGUUUUAUGUUUGUUUUAAUGUGUUUUUUUUUUUGUUUUUUUUUACUUGCGGGAACACUUAAAUCCAAACAUAGCAUGAGGUUAUCUGUACAUAUACAAUAUGUAUAUUACCACUGGUUUAGUGACCUUAGUCACUGUUGUGUGACAUUCAGCAUUCAAAAACUGGUUAAGAUGUGGAGUGCUUCUCUCCUCUGCUCAGCAUUCAGGGCCUUUAACUCAAUCUCACUGGUGCAUCUGUCCGCCUCUACUUCCUGUACCUAGUAAUGAUGCAAUGGGGACAGUGAGGGGAAAAAAGGUCAGUUUUAUUUCUGAUGCUAAUGGCAAAUCAUAAAAUUAAUCAUAACAGUUUCAGUGUUAAUAGUGCAUCUGCAGAUGCAUCUUUAAAUGUUCAGGGAAUAUGGAGAAUGCAAACUUAGACUAUCAAGUACCCCUGGAUAUCACAUACCUCAAAUUUAGUGAGGCAAGCCAUUCAUUACUUCAUCUUAAAGCAGGCCAACACAAGUAUGUCUGUCAUUCCUCCUACAACAUAAUGAAGUGGUGAUUAAGCUCUAGAUUUGGCUGUAUUUUAAUUGCUAUGCCUUCACCUGACAAACUAAGUUCCUAUUUUGCUUAGAUCUGACUCUUCCUUUUAAGACAGAACUAGGGUCCAGUCAUUAAGGCUGUGAAAGCAAUGCAAAAUUGAUCCAAAUUCCAAAUUUUAUAAUAUGUUUACAAGUCAUACAUGUAGAUAAAAAAGUUUUUAUGUAAAAGCACACAUUUGACUUUUGAGAUUACAAAUGUAUGUACAUUAGCAUGAAAUGAAAAAGCAGAUUGUGGUCGUUAUUCUUCCUGACAUAUAUUGUCGCAAUUCUAUGAAAACUUUUGUAUCUUCUGAGCAGUUCAACAGAGAAUACCACCUUUUGUGUCACUCACUUAUUUGACCUAAAUACAAAUCAUGAUGUUUUUUAAUUUUUUUAAUCAACUCCCAGAUGUGUAAAAGGAGGACAAGAGUGAAUAUCUGCUGAGGGAAUUGAAGCAAAACCAUCUUAUUCUUGAGGUUUCUUGCAGUGACAACAAUAUUCUCUGCCAUUAUGCAAAUAUUGAUAUUUUUUCCCCCACUGUGGACCAGUCCAAUAAACUUGACAGAAUAUGCUCUUAAAUGAAUAGUUGAUAUAUAGCAUUAUUUUGGACCUUAGACUUUGUGGUAUGACACUGCCACAUUUAUUUCCACUGAAUUUAAAUGACCAUACUCCAUAAUGUAAGCUUCAUGCAGAGUGUUUUUGGGGAAUUUGGGCUAUGAUGGGUGGAAUGUUUAUACCAGGAUUAUGGUAUAACAUAACAGGAGACCUGUCUUGAGAUGUUAACUCAGGUAUGUUAGAACCAAUGAUCUAUUUUAUUAUAUUGAGGACUAGUGAGGGAGAGGAGACCUCAGACGUGGCCUUGGGCUCAGAGACUGCUGGGCCUGUUGCUGGGCUUAUUUUAGGACUGUUAUUUAGCCAUGUAGAGGCCAACAUUAGAGGGGGUGCCUUAGUUGAACUCAACCUGAAAAACGCUGGGCCAUGUAGAGAGCUACGUGGAUUAGAUUUAGAGCAGAACUGAGAGAUAAUUGACAGCUAAAACACCUGCAUUUCAGUGAGGGUUUACUCUGCCUUGUUUGUUAACUACUACUUCAUAUCAUUCAUUAUAUUUUCUAGACAAUGAGGUGGUUUUUUUUUUUUUGGUUUGUUUUUUUGUAAGAAUAUGUACAGUUUGGCAUGUCAAGGGUGUAAUCACUUGUUCACUUGUUUUAAAUGUUAAGGCUGGAUUUUGCCACUUUUUUGUUUUAGCAUAUUCUAUUGAUCUGUGUGGUGUGGAAGUUUGGGAUGUAAACAAGAGGAUGACCCCACUACCUUUUUUUUCCACAUGCUUAUUUAAAGUGGAAUGUCAUGGAGUUUAUUUAAUUAGCCACCAUUCUGUUCACAUUGACAACUCAUAACGUGACUGAUGUAUUUCAAUAAAAUGGGGAGCUGUUACAAAAC